UAAGGACUGAAAGAAGCUGGCGGCAAUUCCCUUAUAAAUUGCUUCAAACUUCGUUUUUUGCUUCUCUCUCUAUAUUGUGUCCUAAACAGUUCAAUCCUUCAUUCUUUCUCCUAAAUAUUUCUAAAACCCUAAACUUUUCUUCCUUCGCUAUCAAUGGAGUUUUGGGGUGUUGAAGUUAAGCCUGGUCAAGCACUCUCUGUGCAGCCUGGAGACAUGAACUAUGUGCAUCUAUCACAGGCGACUCUAGGUGAUUUGAAGAAGGACAAAGCAAAUGAACCCGUGACUAUUUUUUUGAAAAUUGAUGACCAGAAGCUUGUUCUGGGAGUUCUCUCUGCCGACAAGUUCCCUCAGAUAUCAUUUGAUCUCGUGUUUGAGAAGGAAUUUGAGCUCUCUCACAAUGGAAAGGGUGGAAGUAUUUACUGUUUGGGAUACCGGGCUCCCAUGGAGGACCAAGGACAGGAAGAGUAUUCUGAUUCUGAUUUUGGCUCAGAGGAUGAGGAACUUGGAUUGCUAUCCGCUGAGAAUGGAAAACCUAGCGACAAGGAGAAGUCAAUUGGUGGAAAAAUUUUUGGUCUGAAACCGGAAUCUUCAAAGAAAGCAGAUGCUAAGUCUAUUGAGCCGAGCAAGGAAGAAGAUGAUGACUCCGAAGAUGAUGACUCCUCUGAUGAGGGUUCCGAUUCCGAUGAGUCUGAUGAGGAAAUGCUUGAGGGGGACAGUGACUCUGACGAUGAAGAUGAGGGUACUGACAGUGAGGAGGAGACACCGAAAAAGGUUAAUGAAUCCUCCAAGAAGAGGUCAAACGAGUCUGCCUCCAAAACCCCUGUUUCUAAGAAGGCAAAGUUAGCUUCGGCUGAGAAAACAGACUCGAAGAAGGGAGGCCAUACGGCCACUCCCCAUCCUGCCAAGAAACCUGCAAAAUCUCCUGGCAAAGCAGAGACCCCUAAAUCCGGAGGCCAGUUUUCUUGCGCAACUUGCGAUAGGUCAUUUGGUUCUGAUGGAGCCCUUCAGUCACACAGUAAAGCUAAGCACGGUGCUAAAUGAAAUGAGAGAAGUGCCGAAUGAUUACAUAUUAUUUUGCAUCUCCAAUAUGUUAUACUCUCUAGAUAGGUUACGAUCUUGGCCAAGAACGAGAGCGCAAUUGUUUGAGUGUUUUGAUUGUAGAACGAGAGCGCAAUUGUUUGUUCACAUUGAGGAAGAGAAUUUGGUUUAAUUUUAUGUAUCUUUUGGGUCCAA